AUGCCAAAGUCGAAACGCGCAAAAGUCGUCUCGUUGACAAAGACGGAGAAAAAGGGCCGAGCAAAAAAGGAGGCGUUGGUUCAAGAAAUACAAGAAAACUUGGACAAAUGGAGAUAUCUCUGGCUGUUCGAGGUCGGCCAUAUGCGCAAUGCGCAUCUCAAAGACAUUCGUGCCGAUUGGAAAGAGACUGGUCGCAUGUUCUUUGGACGCGUGAGCGUCAUGGCUCUGGCACUUGGAACCUCCCCUGAACGCGAGCACAUGCCAGGAUUGUCAAAACUCUCAAACCAUCUAAAGGGACAAGUCGGACUCUUCUUCACGUCAUGGGAUGUCUCCGAAACACUCGACUACUUUCACUCUAUCCGCAGACCAGAGUUUGCACGCGCGGGAUGCGUUGCAACACAGACAUUCAUAAUACCCUCGGGUGGACCAUUAUCGCCGAUUUUAUCGCAAGAAGAUAAGGCUGCUGGGAUCGAGAGGAGCACACCCUUUCCGUCGGCAAUGGAACCUCAGCUACGAAAAUUAGGCUUGUCGACGAGAUUGGAAAAGGGGAGCAUUAUGAUGGCUGCCGAGCAGACGGUUUGCAAAGCUGGGGACAAGUUGACGAGCGAACAAGCGCAGAUCCUCAAGCUGAUGGGUGUCAAGAUGAGCGUGUUCCGCGUCGGUCUACGGUGGCUGUGGGAUAAGGAGACGGGGGAUGUCAAGGAAUAUGACGCGCCCCUGGAAGAUGAAGGCGAUGCCGAAGAAAGCGAAGAGGAGGACGAGGAGAUGGAUGAAUGA